GAAGGGAACAUUUCCAUGGGCCAUCUGUCUCUUCGCCAGCCAGCGCUGCCGCCGCCUCAGCCUCCGCAGCCUCCGCCCCGCUGCUGCCUCCGCCACCAUCCCCUCCAUCCCCUCCAUCCCCUCCAUCCCCUCCAUCCCCUCCAUCCCCUUCAUCCCCACCUCCUCCUCUACCACCUCCUCCGCCUCCUCCUCCUCCGCCUCCGCCUCCACCAGCGCCCGGGAGCAGCGCAACAAAGGGACCCCGCGCAGCAGCCGCGAGAGCAGCCGCCGCCGCCGCCGCCGCCCCAGCUUCCAGGAUGGUCCUAGUCCACGUAGGCUAUCUCGUUCUUCCAGUAUUUGGCUCUGUGCGAAACAGAGGUGCCCCUUUUCAAAGGUCUCAGCAUCCUCACGCUACCUCCUGCCGCCACUUCCACUUGGGUCCCCCUCAGCCACAGCAGCUCACUACGGACUUCCCCAUCGCGCAUCCUGUGCAGUCCCAGCCGGGCCUCAGUCCCCACAUGGCCCCGGCCCACCAGCACAGCGGCACCCUCCACCAGCCCCUGACCCCGCUGCCUACCCUCCCGUUCCAGGACGUCACAGGUCCCUCCUUCCUACCUCAGGCCCUGCACCAGCAAUACCUCCUCCAGCAGCAGCUCCUUGAGGCCCAACAUCGCAGGCUGGUCUCACACCCCAGGCGGACUCAGGAACGUGUGUCCGUUCACCCUCACCGGCUGCAUCCAGGCUUUGACUUCAGCCAUCAACUACAGACGCCUCAGCCCAGGUAUUUGGCUGAGGGCACCGACUGGGAUCUCAGUGUGGAUGCUGGUUUGAGCCACGCUCAGUUCCAGGUUCGGCCCAUCCCUCAGCACUAUCAGCAUUACCUAGCGACGCCUCGAAUGCACCACUUUCCCAGAAACUCUUCCUCCACGCAGAUGGUCGUCCAUGAAAUCAGAAAUUACCCUUAUCCCCAGCUUCACUUCCUUGCUCUUCAGGGACUGAAUCCAAACAGACAUACAUCGGCCGUGAGGGAAAGCUACGAGCAUGUGUGUGUGUUUCUGUUGCAGGAGCUACUUCAGCUGGAGGACAGACUGGGCAGUGUGAGCCGAGGAGCUGUACAGAACACCAUUGAGAGGUUCACCUUCCCCCACAAGUACAAGAAGCGAAGACCCCAAGAAGGCAAAGGCAAGAAGGAAGAUGGGGAGGAAUCAGACACGGAUGAAAAAUGCACGAUUUGUUUGUCUAUGCUUGAAGAUGGAGAAGAUGUGAGGCGUUUACCGUGUAUGCAUCUCUUCCACCAACUGUGCGUCGACCAGUGGCUCGCCAUGAGCAAGAAAUGCCCAAUCUGCCGAGUGGACAUUGAAACACAACUGGGUGCCGACAGCUGAGGUGACAGUCCGCCUGGCAGAUGCCCCACUUUCCUUCACCAGGUCCCCCGACGGCCAUAGCCCUUGCAGCCAAACUUUGCCUUCUGAGCCAUUUGAUUUAAAGGAAAAGCCUGCAAGCACAUUUUGCGGAAAGAGGAAUCGGUGUUAUCAGCGUCAAAGGGAUAGGAAGGAGGUCCCACCCAGCCCGAAUGGUCACCGCCCCACGUACCAUACGUGGGGGAGGGGCCAUUGCCCAGCCAGGGGGGCGGGAAGGGGGGGCCCACGCUGCUGAGGAUUUAGAUGUGAUCUCGAAGGUACUAGUUGGAUGGAUAGUCUGGCCCCUCAAUCCUGUCCUUCGAAGGAUUGUAUAUAUACCUCUCGACUACGUAGAAACCAUGUAGGGGUCUCUAGCUAUUUCUGUGGAUGGCAACCGGAGCAUGUUAGCUUAAGAAAAAAAUGUCGUGUGUGGUGCUCUAGUCAUCUUGUGGUGGACAUGUUGCUAUUACCGAAUUUGCACCAAAUAUUUCUCAUCAAGUCCCUUGUUUUGGUGCCUGACAAAACUGACCAACGACAGCCCGAAUCUUCCCAUCUUUAGGAGAGAAGGAAAAAAAAAAGGUACAAAAGUUUAAAAAAAAAAAGCCAAAUCCUGUUUACAGUGAAAAGGAUGAUUUCUUCA